AUUUCUUUUCAUUGAUUUUAUUACAUGUUUGUUCAUUGUGAUUCAUGGCAUUCUUAUUGUACAUUUUGAUGUGGAUAUAAUUCUCGUGACAUGUUUCUCAUGUGUUUUUCAGAAUUCAAGGUGUUGGAUAGAUCUGAUAUGUACCAUCAUAACCACCUAAACCGAGAGAAAAUUGACAAUUACACCAUUUUCUCCUGCCGAAGGUAAUCUUUGUGCAUGGUUCAGCAAGUUGAUCAGAAUGACUCCAGCAGAUGGUUUAGAAGAUUGCGUAGGAAGUUGCUUGGGUAGCAACUUAAGAGAUUGUGCUCGAUAUAUAUUUGUCAUUCAAAAGGAUGACUAACCUGGUGAACAUGAACUUUAAGAGUCUGCUGAACGGCAAUAUGAAGACUCUCCUGAAUGUGAAUCUGAAGACUUUGUUAAAUGGUAGCUAUCCGUCAGCAACCUCGUGAGCUGCCACCCGAGCAACCUGUUCACCUGCAUCCUGAGCAGCUUGCCUAUUUGUCUCUUGAACCAUCUGCCUGAAGGCAUGAUCAAUCUGCUGAACCACAGACAUGCCUUUUAUCUGAUACUUCAUGCGACAACAUGAUCAUCUACAACCUCAUGAGGUUCAGCCCUGCUAUGGCUAUUUGUGUACGGUUAACUCUUCUUGGCGAGAAGAGAAGAACAAAAUGGUUAACUGCGGCUGGAAUCGGAGUAUUAACAGCUAAGAAGUUAUCAAACAUAAAUGAAAAUUUGUUUUUUAAAUUCCCAAAUAUAUGUUGGAAGUUUUUAAAAACUGAGUCAUGCCAUUAUACAAGGGGGCUUCCACCAUGACAAGUUCUAUAACUUGAUUUUAUGAUUACUUUUUGACAAAUAUAUUUUAAUGAUUUUUUAUAAUCUAAAGUGUAUUAGCAAAUUACCUUCACAUAUAACUAAAACACACAUAUAAUUAAAAGCAAACGUAUACAGAACAAAACAUGAAUGUGAACAAAAGUUAUAUGCAAACACAAACGUGGAUAAGAAAAUGGAUUUGGGCGCAAAGGCUAAACGUCAAUUAUAAGAGGGACAUUUGCUAAAACCAACCCAAAUAUUCAAGUCAAAUAUAAAAGUGUACCCCACUUUCAGUCAAAUGCAAAACCAACCUAAAGGGGUAGUGAAAGUACUAUUUAACCCUUAUGACCAAACAAAAAACAUAAAUGUAUUUUACGUUUUUAUCCUUUGGAAGUCUACACGUAAAAAACGAAGUCUACAAAUGUUUAGACUUUCUUAGAAGUCUACCUUAUAGACUUAGUUUGUAGUCUAUACUCUAAUUUGAUCUAAAAUUUUAAUUUUGAAAAUGUAUAAAAAUAAUUAUAGUGAUAUUUUUAACUAAUCAUCAAUAUAAUGGAUAAUAUGAACUAAAUAAAUUAAAAUUUCAUAUAAUUGAACAAUUUUCAAGAAUAUAUACUAAUUUGGUUAUCAUGUGUUGGACAAUGUUUAUAGUUUACAAACAAAAGGUUAUAACAUGUUAUGUCUUUUAGUGGUUGAUUUCAUAGGGUUAGAUUUUAGAUUUUGUUUUUUUUUGUUUUAUUAACUUAAAUCUGCAUAUUAAUGUUUAGUAGUUUAUAUUUUGUAUAAUUGGGACUUUUUGAUUAUCAAGCAAAACAUUUAGGGUUUGAUAUUUGGGGUUUAGGGUUUCGUAGACCUACAGAAAAGUCUAUUUAGCUGGAGACGUCCUUUUCAGUCUAUUUUAUUGGUGUUCACAUAAAAUCUUUUUAUUUUAAAUUAAAUUUCCAUAUUUAUGAAUAAGAAUGUUAAAUCAUAUAUUAAUAAAUAUAAAAAAUAAAUAAAAAAUUUAGUAAGUUAUCUUUUUAAUUUUCGCAAAUAAUAAAGGGAAAGAAAAAAAUCGUUGUAGACUGACAAAGAAGUCCACAUAUCAAAUUUAACCUAACCGGAUUUAACCAAUAUAAUAUUAACCAAAUCGAAUUUAAACCAAACCUCUUUUAACCUAACCAGAAAAGUUACCCAGAAUAUAAAUACGAUUUGUUAAGCUUUUUGGGGUAAAAAAAACCCUAAUCCCCGCCGUUCUCUCUCUCAUGCGAUUUUCGGGGAGAUUUCCGGCGAACUCUAGCCACACCGUUUCCGCCGCUUAAACUAGUCGUUGUCCACUCCGUCGCUCUGGUAAGUUAAAUGUCUUCGGCUUGUCUUCGGCUUCGUCCGCUCCGUUGCUAAAAGUAACCACCUUUACCUUUUUCUUUUUCAGAUCUGAGCCGGCGACUUCCAAAUCUCUGCUUCCUGUCAGUCUCACGGCUACUACUCUAGCGAGCUAACAAACUGUGUUUCAUCUUUUCAGGGAACGAACGGUUUCAAAAUGGAUAAACUUGAUUUCCCACAAAGGCUGUAUAGUGUAGGCCAGGAACCUUUUCCGAAUAAAAGCAUUGCCUACUACAGCAAUGACAGCAAGCUCUUCCCUGCUCUUAAAGAAGCACUCGAGGCAGAUGAAUGGGAGGAGCUCAAGAACUCGAGAGUAGGAGUGUUCUUAAAGUUCCACGAAAUGAAGUUUGGAUGGGCUUCAAGGCUGGUGCACUAUAUACUGUGUUUUCAGCUUGACUGCAAGAAGAAGUUUGAGUUGUGGAGUCUCGUAGGUGCUGAACCAUUGAGGUUUUCUCUUCAUGAAUUUGAAGAGAUAACUGGCCUGAACUGCGAGUAUGUGAAGAAUCUCGAGAAUCCGUUGGUUGAGGUAACGGCUGACAUGAAAGCAUUUUGGGCGCAGAUGGGAGUGAAUUUCGACCGGGGGCCAAGUAUUGAUGAAUUAACUGCAGCGUGUCAGAUGUGCAGAACAUGGUCUCGAGAUGAUCGGCUGCGUUUAGGGUAUCUAGCCAUCUACGCUGGCUUCAUCGAAGCAAGAAGAACCUCGUCACCCACACGGGCUAGCCUGGCUAGGUUAGUGAUGGAUCUAGAUGCUUUUGAAGAUUAUCCGUGGGGAAGAGUAGCCUUUAAAUUCUUGAUGGAGUCGGUGAAGGGUGUAGACUUGACAAAGACGUAUGCUAUUGAAGGCUUUGUUCAGGUUCUUCAAGUCUGGGUCUACUGCUGUCUCCCUGAAUUCGGAGCUGGGUAUGGUCUCCCUAUAGAAGGUUCUCCGACCCCACCUCUACUUGCCUUCUUAGGUGCCAAAGGCCAGAGAAGACUCCAGGAGAAUAUCUUGAAACAGACUAGGACUAAGAACUUUGCUAUGAAGGAUUACUCUGAAAUGUUCCCUCGCUGGGAUGGUGAGCUGGAAGAUGAGAAGGCUGAUAACAUAGUGAAGGCAAUGUUUUCUUCAGGCUGGGCGUGGGAACAAAGUCACUGGCCUCUUGUCGGAACAAAACUGUGGACAAAUGUGAAGGUGGAGAUCCAUCCGAUGAAGACAGAAGCUGGUCAGAUGAUGCGAAGCUUGAAGACAGUGUCCCCUUCUCGCACAGAGUCUGAUGCAGAAUCACGCAAAAAGGCUCGUGAGUCCCCUGGCCUGGAUGUGGAGACCAUGAAAGGAGAAAUAGUUCGUUGGCUAACUGGCCUGACUUCUAAUAUGGUUGAGGGGCUGAGCAGAUGCGAGAACACUCUGAAGACACAAUCCCACAUGAUUGAGGGCCUUACAACUCAAGUGGGAGCUGUUGAGAAGAUGGUGCGUGAAGGUUGGAAAGAAGACCACACCAAAGCUGGUUCAUCUACUGAUGUACCUGAGGCAAACAAAUCUGAUGGAGACAAAGCUAAGAAGGACAGCGCUGAAGGAAGCAAAGGUGAUGAAAGCAAAGGUGAUGAAAGCAAAGGUGAUGAAAGCAAAGGUGAGGAAAGCAGAGCCGAGAAAAGCAAAGCUGCGGAAACAGCUCCCAAAGGAAUGACAACAAGAGCCAAAGCUAGAGACACCCAAGCCACUGUGAGUGAGAGUGAAAAUGAGAAUGGAGGCAUAAGUGUGGUUGUAGUAGAUAAAGAACAAUCACACAUUGAUUAUGGUUCUGUGAAAAAACUGAAACAAGUUGGUAAACUGAGAGCUGCUCGCAUUGUGGCCCGUGCUAAGAGUGAGCGGCAACGUAGGCUUGCUGCAACUCAGCAGUCUCCUUUUGAUGGAAACAGCACGGCAAAGGUUAUUAUACCUAACCAGCCGAAGCAAGGCCAGGGAUAUAACCCAUUUGCUAAUCCUGAUCGCCAAAAGCUCUCUGCUCUUCUUGAUUGGGUGAAACUUGACCCCAAAUGGCGACAGAAGGUCAAAGGUUCAUCAAGUGAUUGGUUCUACAUACUACUAACUCCAACAAAAUGGUUGAUUGACACGCACAUGGAUGCUGGCAUUAAUCUUUUAAGGCUCCGAUACACAAAGCACCCUGAAUGGUUUAGGUCGGACAGAAUUUGCAUGUUGGAUGCUGUAUUUACUCAAAUGUGGACAGCAAAGUACUCAGAGUUUCUGGCCUCUCCUGCCAAUCCUGACGGCUCAGGUAAACUACUCCCUCCUGGCGCCUUAGACUACUACACAGGCGAGGAACCAGCGUAUAGCAGAUCAAAUAAGACAUGGGCACUGGAGAUUGAUGAUAUAUAUGCGCCAUUAUUGGUCAAGAACGAUCAUUGGGUAGCUUGCUGGAUAUCAAUCCCGAGGAGACGCAUAGUCAUUUGGGAUAGUGAUCUUGCUUACGCUACGGAUGCAGAAAUUGCUAAGGCCGUGAAGCCUAUUGCACACAUGCUGCCGUACAUGCUGCGUAUGUUAUCUACCGGUGCGGAGAGGGAGUUGUACACGGUUGAUUUCACACAUGAGCGUGAAUCUGGGGUGCCACAAAACAAACAAAGUGGUGACUGUGGAGUGUAUUGCUUGAAGUAUAUAGAAUGUCAUGCACUUGGCAUGCCAUUCCCACCUCAUGAGCUGUGUGAUAAGAAGAUCAAGACAAUCAGGUCUCAGAUGGCGAGUGAGAUAUUUGAUGAGACCAGGAUAAACGGCACAGAGAAACGUGAUUACAAGCAUCUCGGUGUCUAUGACUAAGGUUAAUCCACUUCUUUGGGUAGAAUUGAGGGAAAGUAUGAAGUUUUUUGGUGACUUUUCUCAUCGGAUAUAUGUAGGUUGAUGUAGUAGUCUUUUGUACCAGACUAUUGUAUUGUGCUGUGAGUAACAUGCUGAUGUAGCACACUUUUGUUUGUAACAAACUUAUGUAAUUUGCUUGCAGCAGACUUAAGUAUUAGUCUUCUUUUACAGAAGACUUUUACAGAAGUCUGCUACUCGACUACUAUCUAGACAUCAUCUUUUUAUCAGUAUAUUAGUCUUUCUUAGCUCAUAUUCGAUCAAAAAUACAAAUUCGAGACAACUCAGAGACUUAGUCUUCUUUUCAAAAAGACUACAAAAGAAGUCUGCGGUAAGUAAAAGAAGACUAUAAAAGAAGUCUGCGUUCUGUAAAAGAAGACUACAAAAGAAGUCUGCGUUCUGUAACAGAAGACUAACACAUUAAGACAUAAGACAUGAGACAACAUCCAAAGCAAUAAGACAACUGAUAAGCUUCACACAUCACAUAAGACAUAAGACAACAUCCAAAGCAAUAAGACAACUGAUAAGUUUCACACAUCACAUAAGACAUAAGACAACAUCCAGCUUCUACUUGGCUCUGGCUUGAUACACAAAGGCGUACAAAGUGUGUCUUGGCCAACUCGAUCAAGUUCCGCACUUGUCUAUCAUUCGUGACAUGCAUAGGAGGAGUAUCCGGAGCCAUUUGCUGUAGAAUGACGUCUGGUAAGGAAUAUGUUAGCUCCACCUUCUCGAUUUUCUUGUCCAUACCAUAAUCUUCUUGUGCCAUUUCAUGAAGUUCACCAUGUGUACAACCAUCUGGCACAAGAAACAUUCUCCCUCCUUUCCGAUUAUUGACCACAAACUCCCACAAAGAGCCUUUCACCACCCAUUCUCCAUAUACAACAGGUAUCUGAGCCAUAUCCUGCAAAAAAAAAUACAGGUUUACAUAAUCAGCAAAGAAAUAUUUCAUGUUUCAUAAAACUAUAAACGAAGACUUACAAAUACGUCUACAAUUAUUAGCUAACAACAUUGUCAAAUCAAAUAAAUUAUACCUUCAUAAUUAUAAAAACAAUUCUUUUCAAAAUCACCCAAACCCAUUAGGAUUAACUAACACACAGUUUCAAACAAAAAAAACUAGAAAAAACUUAAUGAAUAAUACACAAAUUUGCAUUUUUAUAGAUUUUUCUACGUAGACUUAAUAUUCCGUCUCUGACAAUUUAGACGUUCGUUUCAGUUUACAAACGUAGACUGUGAAAUAGGUCUACGAUUUGGGUUGGUUUUUGCAAUUGACCAUUUCACGGGUUGCUUUCUAUAGUUGAAAAAAAGUUGUGAUUUUGUUCAUGUAGACUUUCAUUUCAGUAUACAAUUUAAAAAGGUUAGUUUUUGCAAUUGACCAGAAUUCAUCCAAAAUUUGACUUUCAGAACUAGACUUCAUAUGCAGUCUAUAUGUUUGAAUUUUUUUGAAAGAGGUUAGUUUUGCAAUUGACCAAGUUUGACUUCCAAUCACUAGAUCGAAAUGAAUGUCUACGUUGUGUGUAGACUUUUUUGAAAUCUACUUUCAAAUCUGACGGGUUGGUUUUGCAUUUGACCAAAAUAAAAAGACAGACUUUAUACGCAGUCUACAAUUUUUUUUCUAGGAUAAGAAGACUGCAUAUGAAGUCUACAAUUUAAUAAAUUUUUUACUGCUUUUUAAACUUUUUGGUCAAACACAAAACUAACCUAUUCCACGAAGUCAAAAUUUUGGUCAAAUGCAAAACUGACAUUUUAUAGACUUCGUUGGCAGUCUACACUUUGUAGACUUCCGUUGAAGUCUAUUUUGUAAAGUCAAAAGUUCGGUCAAAU